AUGAAGACCACUAUUCUUACUUCGGCGCUCCUCCUCUCCUCCACUGCCCUGGGCACCGUCGUGCCAAGAGCUGGCAAGAAGGUUGACUACAAUGGCUACAAGGUCCUUCGCGUGACUAGCACCAACGAUAUGCUGGCUCAGAUCGAGAGCCUGGCUGCACACGUCCUGAACCCCGGCAAGUCGGCCGAGAUGGAUGUUGUCGUCGCGCCCGAGAAUGUCGACGCAUUGACUGCAUUGGUUACUGAAAGCAAGACGCUGAACGAGGAUGUUGGCGCUGCCCUUGCGGAAGAAGGAGAGAUGGGCAUAUAUGCUGUUCCUAGCGAGUCGUGGUUCACUGCGUACCACCCAUAUGCUGAUCAUCUCCAAUUCCUCCGAGACCUACAGGCCGGCUACACUAGCCAGUCUGAGAUUGUCACCGUGGGUACCUCGGUUCAGGGACGGGUCUUGACUGGCAUCCACAUCUGGGGUAGCGGCGGCAAGGGCUCCAAGCCCGCUGUCAUCAUCCAUGGAAACGUUCACGCGAGAGAGUGGAUCACUUCCAUGACUACCGACGAUGCGACUAUCAAGUCUCUCGUCGAUAAAUUCGACUUCUACAUCACACCCAUUGUCAACCCAGACGGCUUUGUCUACUCCCAGACUACCGACCGUCUCUGGCGCAAGAACCGACAGACUGUGAGUGGCAACUCAUGUGUCGGUCGUGACAUCAACCGUAACUGGCCAUACAAGUGGGAAGUAGCUGGUGGUGCUUCUACCAACCCCUGCUCGGAGACAUACAAGGGUGUCGCUGCAGGUGAUUCACCCGAGCUCCGUGGGGUCAAGGCUCAAGUGGACGCGCUCAAGGCGUCGCGUGGUAUUAGACUUUACCUCGAUGUUCACUCCUACGGCCAGUACAUUCUCUGGCCAUACGGCUACGACUGCAGCCUUCGCCCCGAGAACGACGCCCAGCACCGCUCACUCGCAAGCCGCGCUCAGUCCGCCAUCAGCGCUGUCUCGGGCACUCCUUACACGAUUGGCCCCAGCUGUUCGACGCUUUACGCCACUACUGGAUCAUCCACAGACUACACUGAUGUCCAGGGUAACGCUACUUACUCAUACACAUAUGAGCUUCGCGACAAGGGUACCUACGGCUUCGUGCUGCCUGCGAACCAGAUCAGGCCGACUGUGUUGGAGACUUGGGCUGGUGUUGCUAGCAUGCUCAAGGAUGCUUAG